AUGCACCACCGAAACGACUCCCAGAGGCUGGGGAAAGCUGGCUGCCCGCCAGAGCCGUCGUUGCAAAUGGCAAAUACUAAUUUCCUCUCCACCUUAUCCCCUGAACACUGCAGACCUUUGGCGGGGGAAUGCAUGAACAAGCUCAAAUGCGGCGCUGCUGAAGCAGAGAUAAUGAAUCUCCCCGAGCGCGUGGGGACUUUUUCCGCUAUCCCGGCUUUAGGGGGCAUCUCAUUACCUCCAGGGGUCAUCGUCAUGACAGCCCUUCACUCCCCCGCAGCAGCCUCAGCAGCCGUCACAGACAGUGCGUUUCAAAUUGCCAAUCUGGCAGACUGCCCGCAGAAUCAUUCCUCGUCCUCCUCGUCCUCCUCGGGGGGAGCUGGCGGAGCCAACCCGGCCAAGAAGAAGAGGAAAAGGUGUGGGGUUUGCGUGCCCUGCAAGAGGCUCAUCAACUGUGGCGUCUGCAGCAGUUGCCGGAACCGCAAAACGGGACACCAGAUCUGCAAAUUUAGAAAAUGUGAAGAGCUAAAGAAAAAACCUGGCACUUCGCUAGAGAGAACACCUGUUCCCAGCGCUGAAGCUUUCCGAUGGUUCUUUUAAAGCAGUAGCCUAUCUUAUUUUCAAGGCAUUUGGAAGCGAAGGGCAAACUAAUGUCUUGUUUUAAGAAACUGCUUAGUCCACCACUGAAGAAAAUAUCCAGAUAUUAUUUUCGUUUUAUGUAUAGGGGUUUCUUCAACAAAAAAAAAGUUAAGAAAAAAAGACACAUUAGAAGUAAUCUUGGAUUCCUGGGAAUUGGCCAUUCUCUUAACUUUCAGUACACUGAUUCUUUGAUGUAAUGUAGAUAUACUAGUGAAGUUGUUGUCUAUUUUGAAAGUGGCUGUAAAAAACAAGUUUGGGUAAACCCCUGCUGUAAAAUCAUGUAUCUUUGCAAAGUACAUAUCUAUACUUCAUUUUCAAAUAUAUGUGUUUCAGUACUGUAAACUGUACAGAUAGCAGCUUGUAUUUUGUGUGUUUAGACACAAGGAGACAAUCAUGUCUGAGCAUCUAUGGAGAUUAACAGUUUGUACACAACAGUAUGGUUCUGCGAGUUAAAUCUGGAGCAAUAAAUUUUAGCUUUAAAUAUUUUUGCCAGUUGUUUCUAGAAGCAGCAAAUACAGUGGUACUGUUUUGCCAUGCAUCUUUCCAUAGAGACUUGAUGCCAACUUCUACAAAAUUAAGAGUAUGUAUGAUGCAUCCAGCAAUGACCUUCAGUUGUAUUGUUAUAAAAGGGGAAGAUGUUAUGAAAGUUUAAAUGAAUCUUUUGAGCACUAUAUUAGAGUAGUGGUUAUGCACUUGCAUUGCUUACAAAUGAGCUGUACAGAAGGGUGUACCUCCCAAAUACUUAGUGUAGUUGACUUGUCUUGGAUUGCACUGUAAGGCGGAGUACUCAAGAGUAGUUGGAACAUGCAGAAUCGGUUUUGUAAAUUAAAUACCAACCAACAAAAAUUCCCAGUAUUUUCUAGGAUACAAAAUAAAGAAAAUAUAAGAUUUUUAGGUGGGGGUGGGGGGAAUCCAUGACCCUUUUUUUGUUUUAUAGUUCAGUGUGGGCUCUAUAUGUUAUUUUUUCUUUUUUCUGCUAAAAAUUAAAGCGUAACAUACCUAAAUGUUUUAAUUUCAUGUACUAUAUUAGAUUGCUAGUUUUGUUUAAAAUUUUAAUAUACCAAGGCAUCCUACGUUGAAGCAUAGUUAGGUGUGUUUUUCAGUUAUAACAAAUUAGAGACAUGCAUAGACAUGAGGCUUUUAAUCAUCUUUCCGUUUCUUUGCUUCCCAAUUGAGCCAGUGUCCUUCCACCUGCCCCCUAAAUGGAGUGCUCCAUUGUUUCCACUCUUGUCACCAGAGACUUUCAUUUCUGCCGAGGCAGGACCAUAGAUGCUGGAAUUCCACAAACACAAGAGAUCAGUGCCUCAUAGGGCCUUGCUAUCUUUUCAUAUACGAUUUUAUUUUCUUGUAGCAGUCAGGGUUCAUAAGACUAUCUCAUUAAGACAAAUAUUGCUGGUGAUGACAUGAGACCUGAGCAUUUUAUUUCAUUUCCUGCAAGACAAUAAAGACUAUUUUCUCAUUCCAGAAGUGAAGCAGAUUUCAGCAAAAAUACAGAGGACCACAGUGACAGGCCACCACCACUUAGUGUUUCUCAUCAGCUAGUAGGUAUUUUAACCUACAGACAUCCAUUAGCCCAUGUGGGGGUAAAAAACUGUUAGUGAAAUGAAGCGUACAAAGAGGAAUAAUUUUACGCGAAAGGAUAAGAGAGCAAGGAAGAAAACAGAAGUUUUAGACAGACUAGAAGAUGAAUAUUUUAAAGCAGCCAAUCUUAGUUUUGAAUGGGAAAUAAACAGUGGGGAAGAUUUAGAAAAUGAAGGAGCACUCCAUUAGAGUAUUGUGGGUGAGAAUGGGUAAAGCACUUAUAAAUCCAAUGUGAAAAAGCAAUGUGACUUAAUUUUCCCAGAGUCAGGAUGGAAGAUCUACAGUGAGGAUCAAAUAAGUAGCUUUUUGGAGGAAAAGCCUUUAUGUGUUACACCUACCUAUGUUUUGAGAAGAAAAUUAAAUAACCACAAACUAAAAUGUGAUGUAUAUUAAUUCUGACAUAGCUUUUUACUUGAUAUAUGUUCCUUUGAAGCGUUCUAGUUAGGACUUCUAUUUCUGGUGUGAGACCAAUGAGAUCCAUGUAAGUUCUUCCUUGUUUCAAUCUUCUGUUGCUGUCUUUUGCUUUUUAAUAACAAUUUGUUAAUUAAUUACAAGUAAGUGAAAAAAUAUGUUUACACUCAAAUGGAAAGCCUGCCUUGCUUUUUGGAAAAUGAUAAUUAUUCUGACAAAAGUGAAGCAAGUGUUUAUUCAGGCUAUCUUAGGCAUAAUAUAACAUUUACAGAUUUCAUAGCAAUGUACCGAGUCUACAACACAUGCUACUGUUGCGUGUCUUGAUGUGCUUUCAUUUUUCAUUUGUUUUCUUAAAGAAUGAGUGACUCUGUAUAUUCUAAAAUGUGGUGUUUUACAUGUCAAUUUUAUUUUUAACACAAGAAAAGUGUUGGUUAUUGAAAUUGAAAUGGAGCCUUUCUUUCAUUCUCGUACAUGUCUUUUUCCCCAUGAUGCUGUUCUUUUACAGUACUUGUUAUUUUUAUGUUUUUGACCAAGCUAUUUAUAUAUUGCAGGUACAUGUCAAGUUCUAAUUGGUGAUGUUUGAAGAAAAAUAUUACUCUUCCAGCCUCCCUCUAGUUUUCUUCUCUAUAUGUCCAUAUGCUAAGAAUUUGCAAUAUUUGUCAUGAUUCUAAAGAAGAGAUUUGAAAGUUUAUAUAUCAUGAGAUUCUAAAAUGCUAAUGAAACGGAACUUUUAAAAAUUACUGUUUCAGAUUCAAUACCUAGAAGAUAGCGAUUAAAAUAAAACUUGUGUGUACUACUCUUCAUCUAAUUUUUGAAAAUUGUAUAACACGUAAACUGAGGGGGCGGGGAGAACAAAACUUUCCCAGAGAGGUGCACACACAGUCUACGCUGAGUAUGGGAGAGGAGAUGCCACCACCUGUCGGCAUUUAGAAAGAGCAUAAAAGAUACUUCAGACAUUGGUACGUGGAGUAUUUAUUGGGGCAGAGGGCCAGUUUCCUUUUUGGUGGCCACUUCAUGCAAGAACAUUGCCCCACCGCCCUUUCUGCCCAGUCUCCAGAUGCAAGUGGCUUUCUAGUGGAUUCUACCUCGCUCGGUAUCUGCUGAAGCACAUUGACAAAGCAGAAAUGUGUCCAUCUUUGGGAAUGAAAGUAAUGACAGGCUUCCCCCGUUGUAAGAGUAGAUACUCAUUCCUCCGGAUUGCUCAAUUACUAACACCCAACUUCCUCCCAAACACAUAGGAAGCAAGAGACUGCUGGGCUGACUAUAAAUUAAUACUAAGCAAUUCCCAAAAGAAAAACCGUGGUAUAUAAAUUGUACAAUUAACAGUAAAGCAUAUGAACUUUACACUGAUGGUAUCUGUAAUCAAAUAAUGAAAAGGACAAAGCCGCUAAAUGAACACGCUCUUCAGGGUCAAAUGUAUUCCACACAAAAAAACAAAAAACGUAGUGGGUCCUUGAUCAUGGUUAGAUUCAUAGUGAUAUCCAACCAUGGGUUUUCAUGUCAUAGCUAAAUAUUUCAGAUUUUGCUUUUAAUAAAUGCAGCAGUUUCACACAGAGAUCUGUAUUCCUGAUGAAUAAACAGACAGCUAUGAUCUUAGGAAAAAUUCCAGUUUUCUCACUUGCCAGGGAGUCAGGAAUAUUCAGGAACGUGGGCCCCACCCAACAUGUACUCCUCUCACAGUGUUCUCCUGUUUCUGAACUGUGCAGUUAUCUAUUACAUUUUCUAAUAGAUAUUUGUGUAAGGUGUAUGUAUGCUUGUGCAUUUAUUUAAAAACGGUUUUGGAAAACAGUGUAUUUAUUAAAGAAAAUCACUUAUGGGGCAUGUACAAAACUGUAAAAAAACAAAAGCAAAAAAAAACCAUUCAAUUUGCCCAGUAAAGUUGUUUUUUGUGAAAUUUCUGUGUUGUUGAAUAAAGAACUUUAGUAUUCAAACUA